UCGUUUGUACCGUUUGGAGAUAGACGUGUGAUCUUACUUUUUCGGCGCACAUUUCGCCAAACUACCGUUUUUAUUUUUUAAUUCUACGCAUAAUUUACUUUUAUUUAGAAGAAAGUAACUGAUUGUGAUACAAAUAAAAAAAAUUAAAUUAAAACUAAUAAAGUAAAGACAUUUAUGCAAAUAAUUUGUGCAUGCGUGUCAGAUUCAGUGAGUGUAUAAAGAGACGGACGUAAAAAAGAUUCGAAGAGAAAAAGAGGAAAGAAAGAGGAGGUAACAAUAAGUAGAAGGUCUUUGCUGCAGUUGAUUAGUGAACGAACCCGCUAGAUUGUGAUUUCUACAAAUUUCUAAAGCGAACAAAGAAAAUAAUUUGCUGAGUGUAUUGUGUUUGAGGUCAAAUAAUUGUCGGAAGUUCGACGAAAGGCAAUUACCGCUUUUUUUUACCGCAGCUAAAACUUCAAUUUAUUGUAUGAGUCAAAAAAUUGAACGACCAGUACUAUCAGGUCAGCGCAUCAAGACCAGAAAAAGAGAUGAAAGAGAGAAAUAUGACCCAACGGGAUUCCGUGAUGCGGUCAUUGCUGGUCUCGAAAAAACAGAAGGUGACUUGGAACAAAUCUCUAAAUAUCUAGACAGCGCUGGUAACAAACUUGAUUAUCGUCGCUACGGCGAAGUACUAUUUGAUAUAUUAAUUGCUGGUGGUCUCUUAGUUCCGGGAGGAUCAAUCUCUCAGGAUGGCGAGAAGCCCCGCACAAGUUAUUGCAUAUUUGAAGCAAAUGAAGACAUUGAGACAAUGCGUAGCCAUGAGCAGGUAUUCGUCAAGCUCAUGCGUCGAUAUAAGUACUUGGAGAAGAUGUUCGAGGAGGAAAUGAAGAAAGUUUUAGUCUUCAUUAAAGGUUUUACUCCGAGUGAACGUACCAAACUUGCGCGUAUGACAGCGCUCUGGUUAGUUAAUGGCUCAGUGCCCCCAAAUGUUCUGUUGGUAUUGAACAACGAGCAUUUGAUUAAGGAUGGCAUCGCUCUUGACUUCCUUAUCGAAGUGUUUGUCGCUUUUAAACUAGAGAAGGGCAUUGCAUAUUUAGUUCAAGCACUUAAAAAGGGUGGACUUGAAAGCAAACUAAUGGACUUUUUCCCACCAAACAAACGUACUGAGGAAUAUUUAAAACAAGUUUUUCUUGAAAAAGAUCUAACUGAAAUCAUAAAAUUACACAAAGCGCAGGCCAGUCAGGAAGCAAAGCGUGAACUCCAACAAACGCUAAUCGAUGAUAUACAUGACGAGAAGGCACACUCGGAAAUCACAGCAGAUAUUAAAGAGUUCGCACAGCGCAAUAACAUUCCCGAUCACGAGAUUAUUAUCAUUAUUUGGUCAACUGUAAUGUCACUUGGCGAAUGGAAUAAGAAAGAAGAGUUGGUCACCGAUCAAGCGGUGCGUCACCUCAAAGCUUAUUGCCCAUUGUUGCAGUCAUUUGCCUCUACCGAUCGCUCUGAGUUAAAUUUGGUUCUGAAGGUACAGGAAUUCUGUUAUGAGAACAUGAACUUCAUGAAAGCCUUCCAAAAAAUCAUAUUGCUCUUCUACAAAACUGAGGUAAUAUCCGAAGAGAGCAUUCUCCGAUGGUACAAAGAAGCUCACUCCCCUAAGGGUAAAAUGCAUUUCCUUGAACAAAUGCGUAAAUUUGUCGAAUGGCUGCAAUCAGCUGAAGAAGAAUCGGAAUCUGAGGAUGAGCAAAAGGCACAAAGUAAUGGCGAAUAACAAAAUGACGCUGGUGUUUUAGAUUGGUUAGGGGCGUAUUAAUUGACAAAAACAGACCAAGAGCAUUGCCCCGUUUCCCCCUGGAAUGGUUCUAGAUAAAAUGAAGAUACAAAGUAGCCAACCGACCAACCAACCAACUUACAUCCACCUAUCCCUGCUCCUAUAAAACAACCACGCCGUUGACGAUUAUUAUAUCAUUAACUGCUGGAAGUCGACAUACAUAUAUAUAAAAAUAACAAACAAAAUUAUAUACUAUACAUCAAACAUCAAGUAUAUACAUAGCGUACAUAACUUAUAAAAACCCGAUCAUUUCUCACCCUUUAGUAAAAUGUUUACAAAGCUGUUUUGAACAUACCAACAAAUGAAAAAUUCAGUUAAAAUAUACUAUAUUAUACAUAAAAAAAAACGAAAACAUUUCUAUAUAAAGCUAUAAAAAAGUUAAUUAAGCAUAUACUAUUAUCCAAGUAAAAAAAUCACUUCAGAGCAAUAUACUUGCCUAUGCCUAUGUAUGUAGGUAUGUAGGAACACCAAGCGCUCGAAUAAAAAUGAUGAGCCUCACUAAACAUUUUUAAAACUGAAGACGGAAGAAGCGUAGUAGUAACAUAAGCCAUUACAUGUCAUAUAAAUAGUUAAAAGUAAUCAACAAUUCUAAAUGUCCAUUGUGGUGUUGCAAAGGAUUUAUCAGUGGGCCAGCAUUCGAAAAAUAAAUUUCCAUAAAUAAUCCACGGGAAAACACCAACGUUAUACCCGUAGACUGAACAACUAAACAUUUGAUUAUGUUAUGCGUAUGACCGCAACUUUCGUUUCGUUGAACUUAAUUGCCAGAUAAAGUGAAGUUCCACAUACAACAAGAACUCAAUUUUUAAGCCACCAACAACAAAUACUAAACAUAGCAGUAGCAGCCCACACCACAUGGUGACCAACCGGGUUAGUCAAACAAAAUGGCCAUCAAUUGCAGCUGCAGCACAUGGGGUAAAAACAUACGUUAGAAAUAUACAUAAAUAUUUACGAGAAAUAGCAGGAAAAAAGUGUAAAUUAUACAUACUAAAAAUAAUGAAUUGCUCUAUAUGUGCUAACAAUAAUCGAACAAACUUAAGGAGAAACAAUGUUUAUUAGCCACAAAUGAAAUUAAAUACAAUUUAAUUGAUGUAUUAUUAAGAACGAAUAAUAAUGUGUUUUAUCAUAAAAAAUAAGUACCAUACAUAUUGCAAAUGAAUAAAAGUAAUAACGGGAUACAGGCGAAU